AUGUCACCACCCAUAUUCCCGCCCGAAGAGCUCCAGCAAAUCGUCCAAGAGGUAGCCACACUCCUCAAAGAGCGCAAAGAGACCAUCUCGGUAGCAGAGACAGCAGCAGGCGGUCUCAUCUCCGCAGCACUCCUCUCCUUCCCCGGCGCAUCGACCUACUAUCGCGGCGGUCUUACCCUGUACACACUCGAGUCACGAAUCGCAUACUGCGGCUGGACACAGGAAACCAUCAAAUCCUACAGCGGUCCAACCCCUGCCAUCGUCUCUGGCCUCGCCGAGCACACGCGUAAGACACUGGGAAGCACGUAUACCAUCAGCGAGAGCGGAACCGCAGGGCCGACAGGGGGAACGACUCGUAACCGCACACCAGGCUACGUAGCGCUUGCCGUGGCACGGGAGGGCGGGGAGACAGUGACUCGAGAAGCGGAGACGGGGAGCAGCGAGCGCGAAGCCAACAUGGUGGCCUUUGCCGUGCAAGGCCUCAAGCUCGUACGCGAUGUGCUCCAAGGAGGAGGUGAAGGAAAGUUGUGA